CGUACAUCAGGAUAGAAAAAAAAACUUCAGUAAUCUUAAAAAUGUCAACGCUCUCAUUCAAAAGACAUCAUUAUGAAUCAUGAUCUCGUUGAAAUGUUAAUAACGAAACUAGACAACUUCACCAUCUCAGAUUACCAUGGCCUGAACAGUCCGGGUCUUACAUGCUACUUGAACAGCAUUCUUCAGGUGCUUUUCAUGACCGAAGACUUCCGGGAGGCUGUGCAACGAUGCUGCAGUGAAGAUUCAACAACCAUUGACCCACAGAUGAAAAGCCUAUUUGCUGAUUUACAGAAAAGUAUGGCCAAAACACAUGACCUCACAAAAAAACUGGGGAUCACAAACGUUUAUGAGCAACGGGAUGCAGCUGAGUAUUUUGAGAAGAUUUUGUGUUUGAGCAGUCCAGGGGCAGCCAAGAUAUUCCAGGGAGAGCUGAGUCACAAGACCACAUGCCUCAAGUGCAAAGAGAGGAACGAUUCCAGGGGCUUUUUUUGGAUUCUGCCUCUUGCGGUGAAAGAUUUGCGUCGUCAAACCUACAGCGUGGAGAAAGGGUUGAAGGCAUUCUUCAAGGGAGAAAAGGUCUGCGGGGAAAACAAAGUGUUCUGCAACCGGUGUAAUAAAAAGCGAGAUGCAGACUUUGGAUGUGAGAUGACACAAAAUCCAGAGGUUUUGACCCUCCUGCUGAAGAGAUUCAGGUUUGACUACAAGCGCAGGUGUUACGUCAAGCUUCACUGCAACGUGGAUGUCCCCCAGACUUUACACAUGGAGAAAUGUAAAUAUGACCUCUACGCUUUAGUUAACCACUUUGGUAAUCUAACAGGAGGUCAUUACACUGCACAAAUCAAGUCUCUGGAAACUGACUCGUGGUAUCACUUCAAUGACGACAUUGUUAACAGGGUCAUACCACCACUGUUUGGGGAUAGAAAUAACUCUCUGAGGUCUCGUACAGCUUACCUCCUCAUGUACAGGAAAGAUGGCAGACAUACUGAAAAACAUGAGGAAGGCAACCAGCAAUCUCUCUACGCACAUUCAGAUGUUGAUGCUGAAGGAAGACAUGAUGAAACAACGAGAGGAGAGGCUCUCGUACCAGAUCUACUGAAGGAUGAGAGCUGCAACGGAGGAGGAAACUCAAAGCGCUUGUAUGACGAUAUAUUAAAGAACAGCCGUGAUGAUACCGUUCGGAAGGAACAGACAAACUUUUCAUGGGAGAUGAACGAACAGAUAAACCCAGGAGCAGCAUGUGUGAGGCCGCACGGAGAGAUGUUACAUCAAACAGACACUGGAGCAGAUGGAGAGGGCUACAGACCAAGUUUUCAAACACGACAGUCAAAUUCUGCAGAGCUACAAAAAGAUCUAAACGAUGGUUGCUGUACAAGAAAAAGGGAGGCAGUUACAGAGGUAAAAGGAAAUAGAGCUGAACAGAAAAGAGAGACGUGUGUCAGUGCAAAUGUGUGUGAUUGUGAUCUAAAAUCACUUUACGUUUCCUCCAACGGCUCCACUUAUUCUACGCUUCCAUACCUAACAGGAGAAACGCAGCAAUUUAGCGUGCACAAACCCUUUAAGUGUUGCUAUUCACCAAACCUAUACUUCAAAUCAAUCAGUCCAAUGAGAGACGAGGAGAAAAUACAGCAUGUCGUGACAGAAGACAGCAGCUGCAAACUGGCGACCACACAAACUGUGAAAAGGGGAGAAAUAACUGCAAGUCCCAGGGUGAGAAGAAAGGCUGCAGAGAGCAGGGACAAAAUCAAAAGAGAGCGAUGGAAGUGAAGAAUGAAUAAGGAUAAGGGAUACGUGAAUCGUCUUUUGGAAUCGCUUAUUUGUGAAGCAGGACUCAUGCGAACCUCAUUCUUUGACACUGUUGGCUGUCGAUCCUGUGCCGCUAUAAACUGACUGUGGUCAGUGAUGUUUUGAUUUCAGAUGGGUAAAUGUUACCAUUUCACUUUUUUAGGAACCUACAUGCACUUGCAAUAUUUGGAUAAACAUGCAUUUAUGUCAGUAAAACUAUAAAGUAAAUUAGUGCAAAUGAGUUGCAGUUUAUACAGAAAUAAGGUCCUAUAUCUCAGUACUGCACUUUUUUAUUUUACUGUAAAAGCACAGUUCAACACAGUUAUUUUACAGCAAUGAUGACAAGUGAGAUGCUGGUGUGUAGUUCUUUAAUUUGAAGGAUGGAGGUGAAGGUGUUUUAUCAGCUCUUGGGGUGCACUACCACACCCUGUGGUUUAAUCUGAAAUGGUUGUGACAGUCACCGUGAUUGGGUUUGAUGGGGAGGAGAUGGCCUACUUGCACUGAGGAGCAGUUUAGGAGCACCACAGUGCUGCAGCUGAAAGGAGAAAAUAUUACAGAGCAUUUAUUGUAAGAAUCAUUUUUCAUUUAUACCGACAUGGCACCAUAAGUUUUACAGUAAUGUUAAGUUGGUAGCAAUUAAACUGCUGAAGAACUCCUGUAUCCUAUUUUAGCGACUUGUCAGUAUUAAUCCAAAAUGAAU